AUGGACGUUGUGGUACAGCGCGGACAAUACAAGGGUACUCCAUAUGUAUGCCUCAUCAAGCAACAGAAUCAAGGCAAACGAGACAGCUUGAUUGCAGUGCGAUCAUUCUUGCACUACUUCAACAAGCGCGGAGAAUCUCCAAGCACCAUCAUCAAGCCGGAGCUCUUCGACUGGCUUGCCACCUUCUUCAUCCGGAACGCACAGUUCAGUAAGGUUGAUUGCCUUGUCGGUAUGGACGCAGACACUGUCCUCGACCGAGAGUGCGUCUACGAGUUGGUCCAGGAACAACGUCUCCCAAACACUCUCGGAGUGGCUGGAUACGUUGUCGUUGAUUGGAAGGAUAAGCCUUGGGGCCUGUGGCGUCUCUUCCAAAACGCAGAGUACACUGUCACCCAGUGUGUUCGCCGACUGCACCAAGGUCGCGUUACGAAGAAAGUCUCGGUCUUGCCUGGCGCUUGCCAAAUCUUGAAGAUCAAUGACGAGACCUGCUGCGACCUGGUUCUUCUGGACAAGUUCGGCGCCAAACCACAAAUUACGGACGGUCUGUACAAGCAAAUCAUGUUCUCAGCAUCAGAAGAUGGAAACCACGUCUGCUGUGUGAUGACAACAUUCUCGAAAGCACGAACGCGACAGUGUCUUCGCGCCCGAGCGUAUACAGAUGUUCCUGUUAGCUGGUCAGUCUACUUGUCUCAACGCCGGAGAUGGAGUCUUGGAGCAACCGGUAACGACUGGCUUCUUGUAUCUGGACCGAACGUGCUUUGGUUCGAACGGACUCUGUCUUUCGUCAACACCUUCACCUGGUUCUUGACACCCUUCGUGUUCGCAGCAUACUGCACAUUCUUCUACGUCAUCAUCGCUCAUGCAUCGUUGGUCAUCCUCUAUCUCGCCGCCAUCCUUCUCAUCCCGAUCAUAUACUACUUCUUCAUUCCCUUUGGCCUGCUCAAGCUCAGCUACAAAGAGAAGUGGCAGUACUUUGCCGGUCUCAUGUUGUACCUUGUUCUUGGUCCGCCAUGCCGAUUCAUCGUUCUCUGCUAUGCUUUGUGGAACAUGGAUCAAUUCGGCUGGGGCAAGACCAGACAGGUCAUCAACGAAGAUGGGGCGAAGGCGAACGUCGACAACGUUUCGCAACAUGGUGCAGACAGCCAAUAUUCGGAAGAGGACAGACGACAGGUGGCUACGACGCCACCAAACAUGUCCUCCGUCAAUGUUGCUACGAGGGAUAUUGCAGGGGAGGAGAAGCGCUUGGGUGCAUAA